AUGUCCACCGCGGUGCAAAGACCACCAAUUACAAUUUAUUCCCACGAGGGGAAUAAAACAGAAAUAAAACAUCCUCUUCCAGCCGUGUUCAGUGCUCCUAUUCGUCCUGAUAUUGUGAACGCGGUUCACACAAGCGUCGCAAAGAACAAGCGUCAGCCUUAUGCGGUAUCAAAGAAAGCAGGACAUCAGACUUCCGCCGAGUCUUGGGGAACAGGUCGUGCGGUUGCUCGAAUUCCUCGUGUUUCGGGCGGUGGUACUCAUCGUGCUGGUCAGGGUGCUUUUGGUAACAUGUGCCGAGGUGGUCGCAUGUUUGCUCCAACUAAAAUUUGGCGUAAAUGGCACGUCAAAACAAACCUAAAUCAAAAACGUUACGCCACCGCAUCCGCAUUAGCAGCAUCAUCAGUCCCGCCACUAGUCCUAGCACGUGGUCACAGAAUCGAAGAAAUUGCUGAAGUCCCAUUAGUAGUUGCCAACGACAUCGAAUCCUUAACAAAAACCAAAAAUGCUGUGACUCUCUUAAAAGCCGUAAACGCAUACCGAGACGUUGUAAAAGUCUCAAAUUCGCGUAAACUGCGUGCCGGUAAAGGAAAAAUGCGAAAUCGUCGACAUCGUCAACGUCGUGGUCCCCUUAUUGUGUUCAAUGAAGAUCAUGGUGUGGUGAAAGCGUUCCGUAAUAUCCCCGGCGUGGAGUUGGUUAAUGUUCGGCAUUUGAAUUUACUUUUGUUGGCGCCAGGUGGACAUUUGGGUCGGUUUAUUAUUUGGUCGCAUGGCGCUUUUGCAUUGUUGGAUGAGUUAUAUGGAACUUAUCAGAAACCUGCUUCACUCAAGAAAGAUUAUCGUCUGCCAUCUCAUAUCAUUUCCAACAGUGAUGUCACGCGCAUCAUUAAUUCCUCACAAAUUCAGUCUGUACUUCGAGCGGCUGGCGAGAAGCACCAAAAACGACCAUACACACAGAAGAAGAAUCCAUUACGAAACAAUGGCGUGCUCAUUCGACUUAAUCCGUACGCGAAGGUGUUACGUCGUGCUGAAAUUCUGGCUGCUGAGAAACGUGCUAAAAACAAAGUCACGAAGAAACGGAAGUUCAAGCUCACGACCAAAGCCUCUAAGAAGUUCCUCGAAAUUUUGAAGAGCGAUCCUACAACGAGACCGCGACGUACUUUGCUUCACCACAAAUUACCACAAAAACCAUUUUUAUCAUAUCUCAUAGAACGCUUUAAUAAAAGUAGUAACCCAUUUUUAAACAAUAUCAAUAUAAAAACCACAAAGUCAACUUUCACGCGACCAUUCGUCUCCCUCAAAUCAAUAUUCACCCCCCUCAAACACCAAGACUCAAAGUUUUCUUUUUCUCCUAUAACUUCAGCUUCUUCCUUUCCGACACAGACAACGUCCCCACCACCAAAACCAAUACUUACAAAGGACAAUCUAUUUCACCCACUUUCCCUAUCCCCAAUACCAGAGCUACAAAAUCGCGCCAAAAUUAUAAAGACAUAUGGCACGUGUCCUACCUGUAUUUCGCGACCGCAGCAGCAGCAACAACGGCCUAUUUACGAGUGUCCCAACUGCGGGUACCCUACUCACUGCUCAAAAGAACAUUACGAACAAGACAUAGAGGAGCACCGGAAGAUUUGUAGUUGGUUAAGGGAGGCUAAUGAAGAUGAACAUGAUUUGAGAAGUGGACGAAAAAUGAUGGAAUUCGAUUUUCCAGGUGAACAGGAUCUAGAUCAAAAAGUUAAUAUGCUCACAUGGGAUACAUAUUUCUAUACGCGUAAUUUCCCAAGCUUGGACGAAGAUCGCUCACUAAGACACGUCACUAAACCUUUAACAUAUCCGGUUACCAUUGCGUCAGUUUUACAUGAAUCGGGACCAUAUUCACUUCGUAAUCGGUUGACAAGCGAAGGAUUAAAAUCUUUAAUUGCUCUCCGAUCAACAUUAUACUCGAAUAAAACAACACACGACAUCAAAACACUUCAGUUAGAUCAAAUAAUUCGUAUAAUGGUGGUUGGAGCUCGAGCGGAAGCUCAAUUACCUGCCGACGUAUAUAACGAAAUAUGUCAUCUCUUUCCCGAUAACACCUUUCACAUACACUUUAUCGGACCUGAAUCUUUACCACCACCUUCGUUUUCAUCAUCGCCACAACAACCUUCUCCUCCAUCACCACAACAAAAUGAAGAUGGGGAAAGGGAAAAAGAGGAAAAGUUUCCAACUAUUACAAAACAUUAUGGUCCACGAUUAAGUUUCACCUGGGCCAAAAAAAUGUACAACGAUUAUCACGAGAAUGUGCUUCCCUUUGAUCCAUACACCGAUGUUUUCUUUUUGUUUAGUCCUGGAUUCGGGCAGCCCAACGGAAAAGAUUUGUGGGGAAAUACGUUAAAGCAAAUGUUGGCUACAAAAUGUGCUAUUUUUAUAACUGGGUAUGAUGAAGAGGAUAUGAUGAGUGACGUGAAAGCGUUGAAAGAAAGUGGGUGGACAAUGUUAAAAGAUGAUGAAGAUGAAAUAGAAGAAGAAUUACAAGCCGAAGGGGAAGCUCAGCAAAACGCUGAUACUAACAAAGCUAAAGAUAGCGGUGUUAGUGAUAAAAGUAAUGAUUUAAAAAAUAAUAAAGGGAGAGAUAAAACUAUACCCGAACUAGAUUGGUUAUUAACACCAGGUGAGAACGUGUUUCGUAGUUUGAAACGUGACAUUGAUUUUCAAGACAUAAGAAAACAUAUUUUUGCAAAUUGGGGGAUCUAUGGUAUACGUGGGAAACG